AUGGCCCAAUUGGCCCGAGAGGUACGAGAUCUGAAAGAACAAAUGGGGGGAAAAACCAAAUCCCCCGGGCAGACGUUGCUCACCGCUUUGCCAUUCUCUUCCGAGAUCAUGUCCUACAAAAUACCCGGCGACUUCAAAUUUCCGGGACAAGCCACCUUCGACGGAUCCGGAGACCCACGCGAGCAUCUGCUUAGCUAUCAGGCCAAAAUGCAGGUCCUGAGAGUGCGAGACCCGGUGAUGUGUCGCGCCUUCUUGCCCACGCUGAAAGGCUCCGCACAAAGGUGGUUAGUGGCGCUGCCUCCUAAGUCGAUUCACAGUUUCGAGGAGUUAGCCGACCGCUUCAUGAGACAUUACGCGGCCAACAUCAAGCCACAGAAGGAUCUGACUCACCUGGGAGACGUCCAUCAAGAGGAAGGCGAGUCCCUGAAAGCCUACUUGGUUCGAUGGCAAAAGGAGAUUCAGUCUAUCGAGGAGGUCGAAGAUCAGACCGUACUCACUUUUUUCAUCGAAUCUUUACGAUCCGGGCAGUUGUAUCGGGAUCUGCGGGAUAACCGCCCGACUACUUACGCGGAAGCCAUACACAUGGCCAAUAAAAGGGCUAACACGGAGCAGGCCAUGAAGCAUAAGCGACAACGCGAAAUCGGAGGAUCCAUCAGCGGAAAGAGGACCCGCGCGGAAACUAAGGAAAAGCGCCCGGAAGGGGCUCGGCGACCCGAGGCUAGACGUCCCUAUGACAAGCCUGUGGUCCAUCCCUACAGAGCGGCUCCUCAGCACCCGGUGCAUGAGGUUAAAGCGGUCGCUCCACCUCCGCCCCCGCCUAUCGACGAGCGUAUGGCAAGUGAAGAGACAAGUAAGAACUCUAAGUACUGCCGCUAUCAUAAGUCUUACACCCAUAGUACGGAAGAGUGCUUCCAUUUGAAAAAGGUCAUGGAAGGAAUUAUCCAGCAAGGGACCCCGCCUCCUAAUCAGUGGAGGUGA